UAUACCUUAAGCGAUGGUGCUAUAAUUGAGGCAGUAUUAAAAUUCUACUCACAAAUACUUGUCUCUCAGUAUGCCAAGUCAAAAUUGCUGUCAUCAGACCAACAGCAAUCCCGCAACACUCUACAUACAGACAAGGGACCGCAGAGUGAGGCCUGUAACGAGGAUUGUUUGAUUAUUCGUAACUCAGAUAUGAAUAUUAAUAGUAAACACUCUAGAACGAACUUAAAGACUUUAGCUCCUGAUCAACCCUUCAGUUCUGAUUUUUUGCUUAAAGAAACAAAAGGACUGUUCAAGGCGAAUUUUAAAUAUCAUAACUGCACAACAUGGAAUUCGCCUUCACUUUCUGACAAUUGA